AUGGACUCUCUCCACUCGAGUCUACACCACCCGACGCAACGCGCAUGGAGCGAGCCGCAUCUCCACCCGUCGCAGCUCAUGUACCCACUUUUUGUGACGCUGCGCCACGAGGACAAGUCGAUCCGUGGUCUGGAGCCCGAGCGGCAAUGGGGACAAGGCGUCGACGGCACAUUCCCAACCCUAAUCGCGCAUCUGCGCGUCCUCGUAGCCAAAGGACUGACGAGCGUCAUGCUCUUCGGCGUCGUGGAUACCAAGGACGGCCACGGCUCCAUGGCAGACGACAUGGCUACACCAGUGAUCAAGUGCACAGCGGUGCUGCGCAAGGAGCUUCCGGAGCUGCUCGUGGCCUGUGACGUGUGUAUGUGCGAGUAUACUGACCACGGACACUGUGGGAUCCUGCGGGUGGUAGAUGGAGAGCACGUGCUGGACAAUGCACGGACAUUGGAGCGGCUCUCGAGCAUUGCACUGGCUUAUGCCAAGGCCGGGGCCCACGUCGUUUGUCCUUCAGACAUGAUGGACAAUCGCAUUGGCGCGAUCCGCCAAAUCUACAAUGAACACGGAUUCGAGCACGUGUCGAUCAUGGCGUACACGUCCAAGAAAGCUUCGGUGAUGUACGCCCCGUUCCGUGACGCAGUCGAGUCGACGUUCCAGGGCGACCGCAAACGGUACCAACAUCCAGUGGGCAGCACGAGCCAUGCAGCGCUGGCCUUCGAUCGGGAUGUCCAGCAAGGUGCAGACAGCGUGAUUGUCAAGCCGUCGCUGUUUUAUUCGGACAUUGUUGCUAGCUUUGCCGCCAAGAAGACGGUCCCCGUGGUCUGCUACCUCGUUUCAGGCGAGUACAAGAUGGUGAAGGACUAUGGAGACUCGACGAACUCGCUCGAAAGCGUCGUGCGUGAAGCUCAUCUUGGCCUGCUGCGUGCUGGCGCGAGCGUCUUGAUCACGUACUUUACGCCGUACAUUCUGGACCACUGUAUGAAGUGGUAA